GGGCCCGGCGAGAAGGGGCAUUGUGUCGGCAGCGCCGAGCCGCAUUUGUCUGCUCGAGGUGCUGGCGGAGCGAGCGUUGUGUCCGGCGGCCGGUCGCGAGGUGGAAGUGUCAUCGGUGGCCGCGGCCCCGGGAGGAGACCGAGUCGGAGGAACCUCGCGCCCGCUGUCCACGACCACCGGCAGGGAGCGGCGUGCCAGCGGAGCAACAUGCAGAUAGGCGCCCGGCGCCCUGACGACCCCUCCAGAGGAAAAGAGUCCGGGGCGGCGCUGGGGCGGCGGGGAGCAUGAAGGCGGCCGGGGGGCGGCUCAGCUCGGAGCGCUGCUAGGAGCGCUGCACAGUCGCCAGGGCGCAGCGGAGGGCGGGGAGCCGGGCGGGUCGCGCCAGCGAGCGGGAGCGGGUCGCCGGGAGCUGUUCUGAUUUUGGACGCGGACGCUAGGGGCCCGGAGCAGCCCCCGACCCCGGCGUGCAGCCAACAUGGGCAACGCGGGGAGUAUGGAUUCGCAGCAGACCGAUUUCAGGGCGCACAACGUGCCUUUGAAGCUGCCGAUGCCCGAGCCAGGUGAACUGGAGGAACGAUUUGCCAUCGUGCUGAAUGCUAUGAACCUACCCCCUGACAAAGCCAGGUUACUGCGGCAGUAUGACAAUGAGAAAAAGUGGGAACUGAUUUGUGACCAGGAACGGUUCCAGGUGAAGAAUCCUCCCCACACAUACAUUCAAAAGCUCAAAGGCUAUCUGGAUCCAGCUGUAACCAGGAAGAAAUUCAGACGGCGUGUUCAAGAAUCCACACAAGUGCUGAGAGAACUGGAAAUUUCUUUAAGAACCAACCAUAUUGGAUGGGUCAGAGAGUUUUUGAAUGAAGAAAACAAAGGCCUCGAUGUCCUGGUGGAGUAUCUGUCAUUUGCACAGUAUGCGGUAACGUUUGACUUUGAAAGCGUGGAAAGCACCGUGGAGAGCUCGGUGGACAAAUCAAAGCCCUGGAGCAGGUCCAUCGAGGACCUGCACAGAGGCAGCAACCUGCCCUCCCCCGUGGGCAACAGUGUGUCCCGCUCCGGAAGGCAUUCAGCACUGCGAUAUAAUACUUUGCCAAGCAGAAGAACCUUGAAAAAUUCAAGAUUAGUGAGUAAGAAGGAUGACGUGCAUGUCUGCAUCAUGUGUUUACGUGCCAUCAUGAAUUAUCAGUAUGGUUUCAACAUGGUCAUGUCUCAUCCACAUGCUGUCAACGAGAUUGCACUAAGCUUGAACAACAAGAAUCCAAGAACAAAAGCCCUUGUGUUAGAACUGUUGGCAGCCGUUUGUCUUGUCAGAGGCGGGCAUGAAAUCAUUUUAUCAGCAUUUGACAACUUUAAGGAGGUUUGUGGAGAAAAGCAGCGCUUUGAGAAGUUGAUGGAACAUUUCAGGAAUGAAGACAAUAACAUCGAUUUUAUGGUGGCCUCUAUGCAGUUUAUUAAUAUUGUAGUCCAUUCAGUAGAAGAUAUGAAUUUCAGAGUUCAUCUCCAGUAUGAAUUUACCAAGUUAGGCCUGGACGAAUACUUGGAUAAGCUGAAACACACGGAGAGUGACAAGCUGCAGGUGCAGAUCCAGGCGUACCUGGACAAUGUGUUUGAUGUGGGAGCUCUGCUGGAAGACGCCGAGACCAAGAACGCAGCCUUGGAAAGGGUGGAGGAGCUGGAAGAAAACCUCUCUCAUUUGUCUGAAAAGCUGCAAGACACGGAGAACGAAGCCAUGUCCAAGAUCGUGGAACUGGAGAAGCAGCUCAUGCAGAGGAACAAGGAGCUGGAUGUGGUUCGAGAAAUCUACAAAGAUGCAAAUACCCAGGUUCACACCUUAAGGAAAAUGGUCAAGGAAAAAGAAGAAGCCAUUCAAAGACAGUCUACCCUGGAAAAAAGGAUUCAUGAACUGGAAAAACAAGGGACCAUUAAAAUUCAGAAGAAAGGGGAUGGGGACAUCGCCAUACUGCCAGUUGUGGCUUCCGGCACAUUGUCCACGGGCUCGGAAGUAGCAGUGGGACCAGUAACGGGGGCUGCUGCCUCUGGACCCUUGCCCCCUCCUCCCCCACCGCCAGCUCCUCCUUUACCACCACCCCUUCCUCCUUCUGCACCCCCGCUGCCUGGGACGUCUUCACCCACAGUGGUUUUCAACUCAGGAUUAGCAGCUGUGAAAAUUAAGAAGCCAAUCAAGACGAAAUUCAGAAUGCCAGUUUUUAACUGGGUUGCCCUGAAGCCAAAUCAGAUCAAUGGCACAGUCUUCAAUGAAAUUGAUGACGAGCGAAUUCUGGAGGAUUUAAAUGUGGAUGAAUUUGAGGAAAUUUUUAAGACAAAAGCCCAAGGUCCUGCCAUUGAUCUUUCUUCAAGCAAACAGAAGAUAACGCAGAAGGGAUCCAACAAGGUGACGUUACUGGAAGCAAAUAGGGCCAAAAACCUUGCCAUCACUUUAAGGAAGGCUGGAAAGACCGCCGACGAGAUUUGUAAAGCCAUUCAUGUCUUUGACUUGAAGACGCUGCCUGUGGACUUUGUGGAGUGUUUGAUGAGGUUCUUGCCGACCGAGAAUGAGGUGAAAGUGCUUCGGCUCUACGAGCGGGAGAGGAAGCCGCUGGAGAACUUGUCGGACGAGGACCGCUUCAUGAUGCAGUUCAGCAAGAUCGAGAGGCUGCUGCAGAAGAUGACCAUCAUGGCCUUCAUCGGGAACUUUGCCGAGAGCGUCCAGAUGCUCACGCCUCAACUGCACUCCGUUAUAGCAGCAUCUGUCUCUAUAAAGUCGUCUCAAAAACUCAAGAAAAUUCUGGAGAUCAUCUUGGCCCUCGGGAACUAUAUGAACAGCAGUAAACGAGGAGCAGUUUAUGGAUUUAAGCUUCAGAGUUUAGAUCUGCUUUUAGAUACGAAGUCGACAGACCGGAAGCAAACCCUGCUGCACUAUAUAUCCAACGUCGUAAAGGAAAAGUAUCAGCAAGUGUCUCUAUUUUACAACGAGCUCCAUUAUGUGGAGAAAGCUGCUGCAGUCUCCCUCGAGAACGUCUUGCUGGACGUGAAGGAGCUGCAGAGGGGCAUGGACCUGACCAAGCGGGAGUACUCCAUGCACGACCACAACACGCUGCUGAAGGACUUCAUCCUCAGCCAAGAGGGGAGGCUGAAGAAGCUGCAGGACGACGCCAAGAUCGCGCAGGACGCCUUUGAUGAUGUGGUGAAGUAUUUUGGAGAAAACCCCAAGACGACGCCGCCCUCUGUCUUCUUCCCUGUGUUUGUCCGGUUUGUGAAGGCCUACAAGCAAGCGGAGGAGGAGAACGAGCUGAGGAAGAAGCAGGAACAGGCGCUCAUGGAGAAGCUCCUGGAGCAGGAAGCUCUGCUGGAGCAGCAGGACCCAAAGUCUCCUUCUCACAAGUCAAAGAGGCAGCAGCAAGAAUUAAUUGCGGAAUUAAGAAGGCGGCAAGUUAAAGAUAACAGACAUGUGUACGAAGGGAAGGAUGGUGCCAUUGAAGAUAUUAUCACAGAUCUUAGAAACCAACCAUACAGACGAGCCGAUGCGGUGAGGAGAAGUGUCAGGCGGCGCUUUGAUGAUCAGAACUUGCGUUCUGUUAAUGGUGCCGAAAUAACCGUGUGAACCUGAGACCUGACUGAAUGAAUAGUUUGUGCAUGAAAGAAGCUGUCCACAUGAACUUUAUGUGCCGCCAUUUAACUGCAGCCUUGAACAUAGAUGAAGUAUUCUAAGGGCUCAGAUUUAGCAAACAUAGGAAUUUUAAAAUGAUGGGCCCUCCUUUCAACCUUUGUUAACAAGUGCCUAAAAGUGGAAGUACCUGCUCAGAUUAAUCAAAGCAAUAGGAUUGGAUUUGAUUAGGUAUCUUUUUACACCAGUAUGUUACUCAAUUUUUUAAUCAAAUUGUAAAUUUCCUAUUACAUGUAUUACCUGCCAUUGUGAAUGUCCCAGGAUGGCCCACCCUGGUUUCCUAUGAAGUUGUAAAUAAGAUGGAUGCCUCUGUGGGGGCUCCUUUGUUGAGAUGUCUUUUAAGGAAUUUUGUGUUUCAGUCAUACCCACCAACUUUGUAUUUUUAAGGGCUUGCAACAUGGAAGGAGGAGGGAAAAGUCUCAUGAUAAACUUGUGUCCAAAACCAAGCCCUAGCAAAGUUCAGAUAGAUUGCAAUUCCAGUAGCUCAGGAUACUCAGCGGUCUCCUUUCACAGUCUGCUACCCUGUGCUAGUGUACCGUGCCCUCCCUGGGAGAGUCCCCGUAUGAAUGCAAGGAUAUGAUGGCAUACAAAUCUUGCACAGUACUGUGUUCUUCAUCUAGGGGCAGCUUUGAAAAGAUAAUGCAAUAUAUUUAUUAAUUAGCACUAAAAUUAACAUCUCAGUAAUCAGUAUUAGGAUUUCUGAGGAUCAUUAUGGGUCAAAACUGAGAAGAGAAAUCAGUGCCUUGCUAGCCAGGAAUAAGUUCACUAGUUCUAUCAACAGUGCUCAAGAUUACUUCUGCUGGCAGAGAAGUGUUAGUCACCCAGCCUUACUCUCUGACAAUCGGUUGGCUCCGAGCGCCCCCCCCCCUUCCUUUUGUAAGUUGAAGAUAUAUUUGGCAUCAUAUAUCAAAGCGAAAAACUUUGUAUUUCCCAGAUUACUUUAUGAGGAAUUGAAUAUUCAUGUUGGGAUAAAGCUUAAAUGAUAUAUAAUGGGACUAAAUGGCCAACUAAGCCACUGUUACUUUUCCUUCCUCUGGCAGGGCACUCGAUCCAUUCCAAAGUCAAAAACUGGACUGAAGCUAAUUUGUACUUUUCAUAAUAUACAUUCUGCUUCUGGCUUACCUUCUUGGUACAUCACAUCAGUAUAUUAAUUGUAAAGUUUAUUGUAUAGUAUUUAACCACUGAAUUUCUUAUUUUAUGUUGUGCUUAUGUGAACUCCUUGGUGAAGGUCCAAUUUUCCUUGGAUAAUGUGUAGUUAUAUAUGAUCUCUUUUUAAAUGUACAGAUAUUUUGCUAUAAAAUUGGUGCAGUUUUUUAUGGUUUUUACACUUAAUUCCCACCUAAGCCUCUGGGUAAUAUUGUAAAUAUUGUUUAAAAAUGCAUCGGCCUAUGCUAUACAAUCUGAAUGUUAUUUUAACUUAUAGUUUUUUUAAUAUAUAUAUUUAACUACAAGGACAGUUUAGAGAUCAGUUAUCACAUUUCACUUUAGCAUACCUAUUUACAGAAGGAUUGCUUUUAAACAGCCACUUGCCAGCAAAUUUUCAUAAAUGUGUACUUUUAAAAGAACAUGCCAAGAUUUUGUUUUUCUGUUGACUCAACAUUAAUUUUGACAAUACCAUGAGACACACAAUACAAAUUGGUCCUUUACCACAAGCAGCUGUUUCCCAAAGCUCAAUGCUGAUGAGCACAUUAAAAUCACUACUAUUUAUUAAUCUCCAAGUAGACAAUAAUGUUGGAAUGUUCUUUUCUGUUUGUCUAUUAAUAGGCCUGCUUCUUAGCAAUAUUAGGAAUGUUUUAUAAAAGCAGUUCAUGUUACUUUUCUGGUCUUUUCAUGGCAUAUGAGCAAAUAAACUAUUUACACCACUA